UUGUGGUAGGGGUACAAUUUUAAUUUUAAAUAGUGUUGUCUGGGUAACCCUUACCCUUAUUGUGCUCGUGAUAUUUGAGCAAAGGCCCUAAGGCUGGAUGUGUGUCUGGUGUAUUUAAGGAGCAGCAAGGAGGCCAGUGUAGCUUGGGCCAAUGUUUCUGAGCAGGGAAAUAGUAUGCUUUCUUCUUAGUUUUAAAGAUUACUGUGAAUAAUGAAUUGUAGGAGCAAGAGACUGGAAGUUGGAAUUCCUCUGGAAGGGUGUUUGAUGGUUGGCACCUUCCCCCUGGGCUUAGCUAACAAAGUGGCUCUAGUGGCAGUGGAAUAAAAAUGGGAGCAUAUAGAUGGGAGAAGCAGGAUGCCAUUAGAAUCGUUAGGAUCUACAUGUGUUGUAGCUCUUUCUAUAGAAACUCUGCACCCUUGUUCAUCUUUUCUUCAUUAUAUAUGUACUGCAUUUUUAGUUAGGAAAAUAAAAUAUUUGCCAAUCUUAGAUUUGAAUUCAUCUGAUUCCCCCCCAAAAAAAAUGAGGAAAGAGUAAUGAAAAUAUUUUGGAACUAGAUAGAGGUGGUGGUUGCUCAACAUUUGUGAAUCUUAUAAAUGCCACUAAUGGUUCACUAUGAAUGGCUAAUCUUAUGUGAAUUUCACCUCAUUUAAAAAAAGAACAAAGAUAUGGGGAAGUUUUACAAGAAAAAAGUUACAUAUGGAGUCUGGGUUUCUUGGUGUUCUGCCUUAAUGGGGAGGAAGUGGGCCCCAUCUCUGAUCUGGUCUCUGUUAACUCCAGAUCCCCAGAACUCUGAGGUCAGAACACCAGGAUGAACAGACCCAGCCACAUCUGACUCAGGUCACCCAAACCCGCAUAAGAUGUCCCUGGACCACCAUCCUUCUUCAUUAAGAAUUACCCAUACCCUGUAUUCAUUCACUCAGCAGACAUUUUGGACAUGCUCUGUGCCAGGCAGUGGUUCUUAACCAAGGUUGUGCUUCAGAACUAGUCAGGAAGUGGUACCUGCUUCCCGUGGGAUGGUGACAGGGUUUCUGUGAGAAAAUUUAAUGAGACAGUGCGUAUAAAUGACUAAAUGGCCACAGUGAGUGUUCAGUAAAUAUUAACUGUUGGUCUUUUAUAGUGAAUCACCCAAGGAACUUUUAAAAAGAUACUUGACAAGGCCCUCCAUGGGUAAUUUAGAAAAGUUGCCCAGGUAAUUCUGGGCAGUCCAAUGUGCUUGGUGUUGAGGAUACUGAAAUGAAAAGGGUAUGGUCUUAGUCAAGGAGUUUGAGAAAUUGAUGAGGGAGAAAUACAUAUGACUAAACGACUGCAGUUCUGAAAUGGAGACAUAAACCAAAUGCUAAAGGGAACGGGAGGAUAGGGGAUAUAGAAAAUCUUAAGAAGAAAAGGAACCAUUGAACUGGUUCUAGAAUGAUGACCAGGAAUUUUUCCUGUAGAGCUGAGGGAAGAAAGUACAUUAUGGUCAGAAUAAAGUAUGUACAUACGGUACAAAGGCAAGGAGACAUGAAAGGGAAUAAUAUGAUCAGGGAAUGAAUGACAAAGAGUCCACAUGGCAGAAGCGUGGUCAUCUACGGUGAAUGGCAGAGAGCAAAGUUUGAGAGAGAUGAUUCAUUAGUUCUGGGGUGGAGAGAAGUCUGUGGCUGGGAGACAAUCUAGAACAGCGCUGUCCAAAAGAAAUAUAAUGCAAGUUACAUAUAUGGUUUCAAAUUGCUAGUAGUCACAAUAAAAAAAUAAAGGUAAAAAGCAGGUAAAAUUUUUAUUUAAUAGUAUAUAGUUAUUAAAUAUUUAUGGAGCACCUAGUCUGUGCCUGGCCUGUUCUAGGUAAUGGAGAUUGAACAAUAAAGAAAACAGAUAAUUUCCCUGCUUUCCUGGAGUUUAUAUUCUGGUGUAGGAUACAGUCUAAACAAAAAUAUAUGUCAGGUGGUAUAGGCUAUGAAGAAGAAAAAAAGGACAGAGUGACAGCAGGAUGGGGUGCUGUUUUAUGUAGAGUGGUCAGGGAAAGUUGCUCUGAUAAAGUGACAUUUGAACAAAGCUGAAGGAAGUGAGUGGGGGAACCAUGUAUUUAUCUACAGGAAAAGGCUUCCAAGUCAAGGGAACAGAUAGAGCAAAGGCCACGAAGGAGAAGCAUGCGUAAUGUAUUCCAGGAAUCAGAAGGAGGGCAGGGUGAAUGAAAGGGAGAGCGGUAGGUGAUGAGGUUUGAAAUGAAGUCAGAGAGAUGGGGCAGGCCAGAUUGUGAAGGGCUGUAUACGCCACUAUAAAGACUUUGGCUUUUACCUGGAAUGAACUGGGGCACCACUGGAGGGUUUUAAGCAAAGGAGUGACAUGAGCUGACAGGUUUUAACAAGAUCAUGGUUGUUACGUGGAAUAUACCCUUGAGGGUGUGAGUGGGGCAAGUAAGUGGAAAAUGAGAGACCAGUUAGGAGGUUGUAGCAAUAGUCCAUGUAAGAGAUGGUGGCAUGGGCUAGAUAGGGAAAAAAUUAAAGGUUUGUAAUAAGCAUGAUCAAAUUUGUGUUUAGAGACGUUUAGGCUCUGAUAAUAUGUAGGAAAAAAAUAAGGGUGUUGGGACCAAGAGCAGAAGAAUGGAGACCAGUCAAGGCAAGAAAUGAUGAUUGGCUCGAAGUAGCCAUUUGCUUAUUAGUCAGCAGUCUUUACCAUUAGUGGGAUCUAUUUGGGGAAGCAGAAUAUAAUCCAGAGGCCAUGUGUUAAAUAUGAGGACCAGAGCAAAGGAAUCCAGCUUUGCUGAUGACUCACUACCUAUUACUAAGCUAAAUGGACUCUAUGUUUAGGAGACAGAGUAGGCACUGGGGAGAGGGUGUUAGUUCUUACAACCCAACUUAAAAUGUCGGGUCCUACCCCUUUUUUUUGCUGGCCAUGUCCAUCACAGGUCCAGUCUCCCUUCUUAAGCUUCUCAAUCUCUGGAUUGACUUCCACCUUUUCUCCUCCCUUCUAAAUGGUACCUACUUCUUAAGGCCCUGUGCAUAGUAUUCCUUGAAGAUUCCCCCCUCUCUCCCAGUCUUCCCUGCUCUGAACACCUGUAGUGCCUCACUUUACUGCGUAUUUUCUCAAAUUGUGCUCUAAUAAAUUACACAUUUUAAAAUAAACUGAAAUCUACUCAAGGACUGCAGUGUUUCUCAUUUCCAUUUUUAUUCUGCCACAGUGUAUAUGGUAAAGCCAGGCACUUAGUAGAUAUCUAGUGUUACUUUACCUGGCACAGUCAGAUCCCUGACCUUGGUCAAAAUAGUCUCCCACCGGUUUCAUCCUUUUUCUGUUUCCAUGGGGACACAGCCUUGGUGUUGAGAAGGAAUAUCGUACAAAUGAGCCAGAGUUGUGUAUGGAUGUCAUCAUACACUUCACAGUAGGAGAUGGGGCCAUCCUAUCUUCUCUCAAAUUCAAAUCGCAUACAUCUCCAUAAGGCUCAGCACAGUCAGUAAACAGGUAUUUAUUGUGGGUCAGGCACUUGCUGGGCACUGGUGUUUCAGAGUUUAAAAAAUAAAAUCUCUGCCCUCAUAAUGCUUACAGUCUAGUGAGGAAUAUAAACACUGAAUAGAUUAUUAGGUUUAUUUGAAUACUUGUGGGUGUAUAAAGUGGCUUACAGCACAUAAUAGAGGGAUUAACCCUCCUAUAGCGGAUCAGAAGACUUAUCUGAAGAUCUGCUAAAUCUCUGAAGCAUGAAAUGGAAUUACCUAAGGGAAAGUCUGGCAGAAAGGGGAGAGAGAAUGAUUCCUUCAAACAAACUGAAGAGUUCAGUUCAGCUGUAGCUAAGCAGAGGGGAAAAGGGCAUGGAAUAAGACAGAAGCCUCCGUGGUAUCUUCUCACUGCUGCAGCUAACUCAGCUCUGCUUUCAAUGUCUUUUCACACUAGUUGUCUUAACCACACUUCUUUAUUUACUUUCUGAGAUAGAAAUCUAACCAGAACCAAAAGAGAUAUUUUGAGGAGGGCAUGGUCACAGAUAUCUCAUGGCUUAACAAGGCUAAGUGAAGCAAGACAAAGAUCAUCCCACAACCAUCAGAACAAUUGAGAGGCACUGAGGACCUUGGCCAGCCUAGUUUCAGUGGGAUGGUGGAAGAAGCAUGGUUGAAGUGGAGUAAGAAGUGUGAAAAUACCUUUCACCUAGCAAUUUCAAUUCUAGUUAUCCUAGAGAAAUUCUAGCUUAUUUUUUAUAAACAAUAUUUAUUGCAAUAAUGUUUGUAAUAGAACAAUACUGGAAACAAUCCAAAUAUCUAUUAAUAAGGAACUGAUCCAUUUAUUCACCAAGUAUUUUUUGAGCAUCUGCUAUGUGUCAGGGAUUGUUCUACACAUUGGGCAUAUAACUGAUCAAGAUGGAUAGUCUGUGCUCGCAAGGAGCGUACAGUGGGAGGAGACAAAAAACCAGCAAGCAAACUAAUCUCAGAUAAUUGUUAGAAGUACAAGUGUCCUUUUCUGUUUGAGUCUGUUUGGUAGCAAGAAUUUGGGCAGUGAAAGAUACUGUACUAUGAAGAGAAUUAAACUUGGAAAUAUGACAGUAAAUUAGAGGUGUUAAGACAGCCUUUUUGAAGAGGCAAGACUUGAGAUGUAAGUAACAAAGUGUCAGCCUUGUUGUGAUCUGGGAAUAGAGGGCAUAAAGGCCCUGGGUGGGAACAAACUUGAGGUAUUCAAGGAAUAGCAAGGUCAGCAUGGCUAGAGCCUAGUGAGUGAUGGAGAAGUUUCAAUUUUACUCUAAGAGCGGGAUGCUGUUUGUUUUAGGCAGUGAUUGUUUUGUAAUAUAACUACUUUGGAGUACUAAGAAGCAGUUCAGAGGAAUAAGGUGAAAGUAUGUAGCCACUAUGGAAAUAUCUCCAAAACACAUAGUUAAAUGUAAAAGGUUGUGGAACAGUGUGUAUAGUAUUUUACAAAAUGAGGUUGUGUGUGUGAAUAUGGAAAACGGACUCUAAAGGUAUAUACCAAACUGUUAACAGUGAUAAUCUCUGGAGAGUAAAGUGGAAUUGGUGGUGGGGAUCAAGAGGGCUAUCACUUUUUAUGCCCACUGUAUUUCGGAUUUUAUAAACCUCCCCCAACACACACAUUCACACCCCCACACACAAAGGAAGUGAACGGACAGCAAGGAAGUGGCAGCAAGGAAUUGACGGCAACGCUUGGCUCUGAGGGAAAGCAAGAAGAUAAUUAGAUGGGAUACAGGUUUAGAGGCCAAAUUGCCCCUCAUGACUUUCCUGCCUGCCAUACUGACCCUAUACAAAAUUGUUUAAACAACCGGUGUAUAUAACCCAAUCUUGCCCUCUCAGAAUACCAAACGUGUGAUCACUGCUUUUGAUAGAUCCUCUGGUGGCACAGUGGUUAAGAGCUCAGCUGCUAACCGAAAGGUCGACAGUUCGAAUCCACCAGCUGCUCCUUGGAAACCCUGUGGGGCAGUUCUGCCUUGCCCUGUAGGGGCGCUAUGAGUCGGAAUCGACUUGACGACAACGGGAAUCAGUGACGUUCAAAGAUGUGGCUGUGGACUUCACCCAAGAAGAAUGGCACCACAUGGACCCUGCUCAGAGGAUCUUGUACAGGGAUGUGAUGCUAGAGAACUAUAGCCAUCUGGUUUCUCUUGGAUAUCAAGUUUCCAAGCCAGAGGUGAUCUUCAAAUUGGAGCAAGGAGAAGAGCCAUGGAUAUCAGAGGAAGAAAUCCAAAGACCUUUUUGUCCAGACUGGGAGACACCUGAAGCCAAAUCAUCAAAGCCACAGCAGGGCAUAUCUACAAUCUCCUGUAACACAGAUGAUCUCUCACAUGCCACACUAGAAGACAGCUGGGAUGUUAGAAGCCAGUUAGAGAGACAGCAGGAAAACUGGAGGAGACCUCUGCGGCCAGAUGCAUAUACCCAGAAGAAAAUAAUCGUACCAGAGGAAAGUUUUGAGCAGAAUAAAUUUGGUGAAAACUCCGGAUUGAGCACAGACCUGGUUACACAACUGAACAUUCCUUCGAGAAUAAGACCUAGUGAAUGUAAUACUCUUGGAAGCAACUUGGGACAUAAUUCAGACUUACUGAAUCAGAAUAAUAUCCUCACAAAAAAGAAACCCUAUAAAUGUAAUAAAUGCAGAAAAGCUUUUAUUCACAGAUCAUCACUUACAAAACAUGAGAAAACUCAUAAAGGAGAGGCAGCUUUCCCCAGCGGUACAGAUCAGGGAAUUUAUCCUGGAAAGAAACACCAUGAAUGUACUGACUGUGGAAAAACCUUCCUCUGGAAGACACAGCUUACUGAGCAUCAGAGAAUUCACACUGGGGAGAAGCCCUUUGAAUGUAAUGUGUGUGGAAAGGCCUUCAGACAUAGCUCAUCCCUUGGUCAGCAUGAGAAUGCUCAUACUGGAGAGAAACCCUACCAGUGUAGUCUCUGUGGGAAAGCCUUCCAGCGCAGCUCCUCCCUUGUUCAACACCAGAGAAUUCACACGGGAGAGAAACCCUAUCGAUGUAAUUUAUGUGGGAGGUCCUUUAGGCAUGGCACAUCCCUUACACAACAUGAGGUUACACACAGUGGAGAGAAACCCUUCCAAUGUAAGGAAUGUGGGAAAGCCUUUAGUCGGUGUUCUUCCCUUGUCCAGCAUGAAAGGACUCAUACUGGAGAGAAACCUUUUGAAUGUAGCAUAUGUGGGAGGGCUUUUGGUCAGAGCCCAUCCCUUUAUAAACAUAUGAGGAUUCAUAAGAGAGGCAAACCUUACCAAAGCAAUAACUACAGCAUAGAUUUCAAGCAGAGUUCAUCUCUUAUUCAAGAAGAAAGCACUCUCACUGAAGUGAAAUCCUAUCAUUGUAAUGACUGUGGGGAAGAUUUCAGUCACAUUACACACCUUGCUGACCAUCAGAGGAUCCAUACUGGAGAGAGCCCCUAUGAUUGUGAGCAGGCCUUUAGUCAGCAACCUAAUUCUCAUCCAGGAGAGAAACCCUAUCAAUGUAAUGUUUGUGGGAAAGCUUUCAAAAGGAGUACAAGUUUCAUAGAGCAUCACAGGAUUCAUACAGGAGAAAAACCUUACGAAUGUAAUGAAUGUGGAGAAGCCUUCAGUCGACGCUCAUCACUUACUCAGCAUGAGAGAACCCACACUGGAGAGAAACCCUAUGAAUGUAUUGACUGUGGGAAAGCCUUCAGUCAAAGUUCAUCCCUUAUUCAGCAUGAGAGAACUCAUACUGGAGAGAAACCCUAUGAAUGUAAUGAAUGUGGGCGAGCCUUCCGAAAGAAAACCAACCUGCAUGAUCAUCAGAGAAUUCAUACUGGAGAAAAGCCCUAUGUUUGUAAGGAAUGUGGGAAAAACUUCAGUCGAAGCUCAGCUCUUACUAAGCACCAGAGAAUUCAUGCUAGAAACAAAGUCUAGGAACUCUGAAAUUAAGGAAUGUGCAGAAACCUUUAGCUAAAAUACUGUUCUUAUUCAGUAUGGGAGCACUCUUACUGGAAAGAAAACGUAAGAAUGUAAUGAAUUAUGUGUGUAUUUCUAUGUUGUGUGUGAAGAAAACUCCAGUAGACGAGUGUUUUUUAAUAAAAGCCACAUUCUCAGAUCUGAUUAUAGACUUCCGUAAAAACAACUACAGAUAUCUUAUAUAACCUGUUAGAAAUGAUAUGCCUAUAUAUUGGACAUUAUAAAGCUUUUGAAUAUAUGUUUGCAGGAGAUUCCCAACUCUCAACAGCUUGACUUGUAACCCUCACUGUUUACAGCCGUUUUAUAAAUAAAACUCCUGCAGCAGUGACCAAAACUCAUUUUUAAAACUGUCUGACAGCUGCACCCAACUGCAGCUCUUUAAUGAAAUUCACCUUGGAAACCAAUUCCACCUCCAGGAAUUCACCAUUCAAGGAAUUAGAUCAACUAGUCCAACCACUUCCUUGUACAGAUGAAUAAACUGAAAACCAAAGAUGUGAAGUGGUUUGCACAGUGUGAUACAGCUUAUAAUGGCAAAGCUGGGUGGAGAAUGCAGCCUUCCUGGAUCUUUGGUCCCGUGGCCUUGCCACUGAAAAGGUAUUUUGGAAUUCAGAGGGCCCUAAAAUAAAUUUUAAAAUAAACCAGAUGCAUAAACAUUUAAUGAGCGUGCAUGGGUUGGACACUUUAGGAAUUAAUAAAAGUAUAAGAGGCAGCAAGACUUAAUGCAAAUUUGUUUAAAACAACUUGUUGGAAACUUAUAAACCAAAAUGUUAGCAGAGACCAUGGACAGUUGAACUACUGGUAACUCCUUUCCUUUUCCCAACUGUGAUAAUUAUACUUUCAGCUAACAUAUGUCAGUUUUCAUAAAAUUUUUGUGCUUUUCAUGACUCACUCCCAUGGGAAAACACUGCCCCAAGCUUUCUAUAUCAGAUCAUUGAGAAAACAAAGCUAAGGGAAAAGAGAAUUUUUUCCCAAAUUAAUUUUACUAUGGAAAAGUGUAGACCCAAUUACCUGCUGCCAUAAAUUUUGCCUUUUGACUCAGUUUGGAAAAAUAGAAGGUAUUGAGUCACCUUGUGUCCCAAGUAUAUUUCAGCAUAAAGAAAUCAACUUUUUUCAGUCCAUGGUGCUUUUCUAUCAGAAGAGCAUGAGUUAAGCUUUAGUGACCCACACUGGGCUUUAAUGUCCCGACAUCUCCCAUGGGUCAUCCUAAAGGAAUUUCCAGAACUUUUGCUGAUUCAUUGGAAGCAACUGUGGACAUUGAUCUCUCUUACACAAGAAUCACUCCCCCGCUAAGAUAAGCAAAUUUUCCCAGCACUAAUGAUAAAUCAUGGGGAGGGUUGACAUGGGUGGUGGUGUAAACCUUUCCUGCUGGCUU